GCAUGGUCCCCAAUGUCACGGAGUCAUGGACUCCGUGACUUCUGCGACCUCCGUGACAUAAUCAAACCACAGUAUCUUAUGAUUACCAUAAUAUCACUAUUACUAGCUGGUUUAGGGCCAUUAAAACAACCCUUUAACAAAACUGAUGCCAGGUAAUUUUUUCCAAAGCAAUUUAGGAGCCUAAGUCACAUUUUCAAGGUGACUUAAGUACUUAGGGGUUUUAAUCCCAUUGGUUUUCCAUGGGAUGACUAAGUCACUUCUAAAAUUUCACCCUAAGUCACUUAGGCACUUUUGAAAUUUUUUAUCUGAUGGAUGGGUUUCUUUCUGUGAUUACAAGAUGCUUUAUAUUAGGUCUUCAGUAGGAAUUAUCACACAGACAUACUAUGGAGGCGUCAGUGUGUGUACAGCAAAGCAAACAGUGGUGAAUAAUAUAUACCUUAAACAUAAUUUCUGCUAUUGCUAAUUAAAGCUGGAUUUAGAGAUAUUAGGCUAAAUUCUCUCCUGGUGUAAACUGAUGAAGCUCCAUGAAUGUCAAUGGAGUUGGACCAAUUUACACUAGCAGAGAAUUUGACUCUUGAAUAUUGCUGCCUAUCACAGGCUGCUCUUGCAGAAUGGCCCUUUGCUUUUUUCCCCUUUGUCUAGACUUCAAUAGUAGUGGAAAUUACCCUCAUUUUUAAGGAGUUAGUUUUUCCCUAGUGCACUUUUGGGUGUGCCUUGUAUUUGUCAGGAAAUGGGACAGCUAAAGCUGCAGUUCAGAGUCCCAGAAACAGUUGUACAGGAUGACAAAAAUUGUAUAUUUUUCCCUUCUCUAGGACUGGAACCCACGCCUGCCUUUUUAUUUAUGUAUUUAUUUUAAAACCAGUUCAUUCAUAGUCAGGCUGGAUUAGCCUGCCCUGAAAAGGAAAAGCAGUAAUAAUGGAUUUACUCUACAGGAAUGCAAUCAGCCCAUCAGAGGCCUUUUCUUAAACAUGCCCCAUUCACUGAGAGGUUGAAAUUUCAGCGGGAACAACCCUGUGAAUCAUGUGGAGACAAUGAGUCCUGGGGAAUGUCAAAGUGGCCUGGGAAUAAAUCUUGUUUCCCAAUGAAUGUCAUCUUGCUCAGUAAGGAAAACAGACCAUGAAAAUUCAGAAACCCCCUUCAAUGCACAACUCUUUAUCCAGAAGCUAAAACAACAAAAUGUAUCCUUUGCCUGUCUGACAUGUACUUUGCAAUAGUUGGGUUUGUGUGACUUUUCUUAGUAAGUUUACAUUGAGUUAAAAUGCCGGUGAUAACCAAUCAGUUGCCUAGGAUUUUUAAGGUACUAUUGCACUUGCCAAGAAGAGAUCUUCUAGUGGAUUUUUCUGUGUGUUGAUGCACUGUAUUAAUUUGUGUAUCAUUAAUUUGGCUUAACUCUACUCUCAGUUAUAUUGGUGCUAUGCUACUGAAUUCAGUGAGGUUGUACUGUUGUAACUGAGAGAAGGCCUGGGCCUCCUUAUAUUUUUGUUUAUAUUACAUUAUGUGUGCAUGUGCCUUCUGUCUGUCUGUCUGUCUAUUUAGGCAUUUAUAUGGUCCUCACAACCAUAGUAAUAGCUGAGUGCUUUAUUGUUCAAGCAAUAUUAGGCCUCAUCUACAGUACAAAUGUGUUGGAGAAUCACAUUUAAAACAGUUGUCUCCCACCCUUGUGACACCACAUUUGCAAUAUAAAAAGGUCCCCAAACUGCACUAAAGACUUGGACAUAAUGAACCACCCAGUUAAUGUUUGGCCUUCACUUCAAAAUGAGUGUUAUAACCAAUUUAGUGUCCACCAUGUUGUAAUGGUUUUCCCUAACAAGUUGUACAGAGAAAGUGUAAGUCUAUCUGGGAAAAGACUUAUUGCAAAUGCCUGCAAGUGGAAAGUUUCAAAACUUAAACCAGAUUUCAGGGUUGGGUUUUUCUUCUCUCUCACAUUGUUUUUCUGCUCUACUCAUUUUACCCAUAAACAUGCAACAUCCAGUGUCCUUUAACUAAGGAAGUAAUUGACUGCCUGAGGGAAAGAGUUUACGUUUUCCACAUACUUCUAUUUUUUACGGCUGUGGGACUUAGUCAGAGUGAGAUCACUUAUGCUGUAUGGUUUGCUUGGUGUGGUUCUGUUUUUGUUUUUUGUUCUUUUGUUGAUGUUGCGGAAUGCAUACCGGUCACUGGGCAGAUUUGAAAAGCCCUUUUAAAAUCAUAGUGCUAGAUCACCGCCCUUUGGGAAAAAACAACGGGUAGGGAAAAGAUAUGUAGAAAACUUUGAGUUAUUAACAUUGACGGAGUUUCCCAAAAAAUGGCUUGGUGUUGGAGUCAGGACAAGAGCUUCAGUUUGCCUUCCCCCAGAGUGAGCAGAGACAUGUUUCUCCAAUGUUGCUGAUUUUCCAGAGCGCUACAGGAAAAUGUGAAUCUUAUGGCAAGAGCCUUGUAUGAUAAUGUCCCAGAGUGCGCAGAGGAGCUGGCCUUCCGCAAAGGAGACAUUUUGACAGUGAUAGAACAGAACACUGAAGGGCUGGAAGGAUGGUGGCUCUGCUCUUUACAUGGCCGACAAGGCAUUGUUCCAGGCAACCGGGUGAAACUUUUGAUAGGCCCAGUACAGGAUAGUCCGUCUAACCAGGACACAUCCAAUUCAAGAUCAAUGCAUCAUGCCUAUAACCAGCAGAAAGUCUACCAAAUGCCAAGCUCACAGGCUUCAACUUGGGACCCGGUAUACCAGGUGCCACCUUCCCAUCUGAAUCAGGGCAUCUACCAGGUACCUACUGGCCAUGGUCUACAGGAGCAAGAUGUUUACCAAGUCCCACCAUCUGUGCAGAGAAGCUUGGGUGGUACUGAUGGUUCACCUUUCAACAGCAAGGUAGUAACUCCAGUCAGGACAGGACAAGGUUAUGUUUAUGAGUUCCCUUCCAAAUACCAGAAAGAUAUCUACGAUACCCCUCCAGUUCGUCCUUCCCAAGGGAUAUAUGACGUUCCCCCUGCAUCAGUUAAGGGGCCUGUGCAUCCAGUCCCAAUGGGAGAGGCAAAAGCUCAAGGGGUGUAUGAUAUACCUCCUAUAAAAGGGAUCUAUGAUGUUCCUGCAUCUGCAUGCAAAGAGGAUACAGGGCUGAGGGAAAAUUUGCUGGAUUUCCCUUCUUCAGUGAACCAUAAUGCAAGACUAGAAGGAGUGUAUGACAUCCCUCCUCCCACUACCAAAGAACUUAGCAAGAAAUUUACCUCUGACGUCCCUCUACCUAAUGAUUUAUUGUCAUGCAAACAUAGCCUAUAUGACAUUCCAGUGAGCCAUCAAAAUCAAUUUCUUGGUCAGCAGAUUGCUCCUCAGAAGGAUGUAUACGAUACCCCUCGUGGAGUUCCAUUUCCUGGACAGCAGUCGGGAUUCAGCAAAAGUCUAAAUCCAGAGGGAAGGGAAGGUGUGUAUGAUGUGCCACCACAGACUACACAAGACACUAAAGGAUUGAAAGAUGUGACAGAUGGGAUAAAUAGAUUGUCUUUCUCCAGUACGGGCAGCACUAGGAGUAACAUGUCUACAUCUUCCACAACUUCAAAGGAGUCUUCUUUUUCAGCCUCGCCUUCUCAGGACAAACGAUUAAUACUAGAUCCAGACACAGCCAUAGAGAGACUUUAUUGGCUUCAGCAGACAGUGGAGACUGUGGUCUCUAAUCUCAUGGCCUUUGUUAACACAGACUGGCGGUCUUAUGGGUACAUGGAGAAAAAUAUCAAUGAAAUCCACACUGCCGUGGAGAAAGUAGAGCAGUCAUUGGUGGAGUAUCUUCAGUUUGCAAAAGGAGCAACAGCCAAUGCUUCCUGUCUCUCAGAAAUCAAUCUCCAUAACAAAAUGAGAAGGGAGCUGCAAAGACUGGAGGAUUCUCACCAGAUCUUAACCCAGACCAGCCAUGACCUGAAUAGUUACAGCUGGUCAUUGAACAUCUUGGCGGUCAACAAAUCCCAAAACAAAUGUGAUGAUCUAGACCGAUUUGUUAUGGUGGCAAGGACAGUCCCAGAUGAUGCCAAGCAAUUGACCACCACUAUCAGCAUCAAUGCAGAGAUGCUAUUCAAACAGGUAUCAAGCAGUUCACGUUUAAAGAAUGUUUCAGAGAACAUUAUGAACACAACUGACUAUGCAUACAACAGCCCCCAGAAUCAGUUGUUACACCACAGAGAGAAAACUCAGGACCACGGCAGUUCUUUGCCCCCAUUUCUGAGUAAAGACCAGCAUCCCCCUGGUAUCACUAAUGAGGGCUCUGAGAAGAGCUGGAUGGAUGAUUAUGAUUACGUUCACCUACAGGGAAAAGAGGAGUUUGAAAGACAACAGAAAGAGCUUCUAGAAAAAGAAAAUAUCAUCAAGCAGAACAAGAUGCAGCUGGAGCAUCAUCAGAUCAAUCAGUUCCAGCAACUGGAGCAAGAGAUCACAAAGCCUGUGGAGAAUGACAUUUCAAAAUGGAAGCCGCCUCAGAGUCUUCAAACUGCAAGCAGCACUGUGGGCUCUCAAGACCGAGAGCUGCUCUUCUUUUAUUCUGACCAGUGCGAGACUCAUUUUGUGUCUCUCCUAAAUGCCACUGAUGCCUUUUUUAACUGUGUCAGUGCUGCUCAGCCACCAAGGAUGUUCGUCGCUCACAGCAAGUUUGUCAUUUUAAGCGCUCACAAACUGGUGUUCAUCGGGGACACGCUCACAAGGCAAGUGACUACUCAGGAUAUCCGCAGCAAAGUGAUGAACUCCAGCAACCAGCUGUGUGAAUUGCUAAAGAACAUUGUUAUGGCAACCAAGAUGGCUGCUUUGUAUUAUCCCAACCCAGCUGCCCUGCAGGAGAUGGUCGACCGAGUAACAGAACUGUCUCAUCACGCACAGCUGUUUAAACGCUCUCUGGUACAGAUGGCAUCAUUCUGAAACAAACAAAAUGGAAUCCAAUCAAUGGACAGUAAAAAUGAUUUUAAAAAACUGGAAAUAUGUCCUAGUUUAUGUAAAUGUUAUCAAUUUUUGUAAAUAUUUUAUAUGAAAUAUUUUAAAUACAUUUUUAUGGAUUAGAAAAUCUAAAAUUCAGGGAUCUGGGGGUAUAUCUGUUUCCCUAUUAUGUUUUUAAUAUACAUAUAUAUAUGUAUACACUGCAUAUAUGUAUAUGUUGCUACAUUCCAUAAGACACCAUUAUGUAAGCACCUUAAAAGUAUGCAUCAGUUAAGUGGUGCAUAUCACUGUAUAUACUGCCUGGUUUUCAAUAUAUCCGUUAAUUGGAUGCUGUCACAUGGACAAGGCUGGCAAAUCUAUUUGUAGCAAUUCAUGAUGUAGAUGUAAUAGUUCUAAUGGAACCCCAAUCCCUUCCCAGAACCUACUUGAUUUGAAUUAAUUUAGUAAAAAAUUAACUGUACCCUCAAUUUUAUUUUGCAUACAGGAGUCAUUUUGAGCAGUGUAUAUAUAUACGUUACAUAACAGACAAUAAACCAAGGCUCAAACCAGCGGGGCAAAAAUCAUCCUCAUAUUGCAUGAUAGACAGAACCUCCUCACGAGGAGCAGGAAGGAUUGUAUAUAUUUAAAAAUAACGUCUUAAUACCACAAAAUAUUUUAAAAACCUGGAAGAAUUCCCAACAAUAUAAAUUCACAUAUGUUUAUCCCACCUUUCCUUGCAUUUGCAAAUAAUGAUAUCUGUCAGACUUUAAAGAUGUAUUUUUUUUUUUGCAGACCUAGGGACUUACUCAGAGUUGCUGAAUGUCCCUAAAUCUUGCUGACAUCAGUGGAUUCUGAAGGUACACAACAUCUCCCAAGAUCAGGCUUAAAGAAAAGGCAUGGCAUCAUAAUUCCCCAUGAAAAGGCUUAAUUUGCCAUCAAUUUUGGAACAUCUGAUUAAAACAUCUGUAAUUUUAGAGGAGAAAAUAGCACUUAUCUCUAUGACAAAUUCUUAUGAAUCAUUUGCACUUUUGCAGCUCUGAGCUUCACUCAGAUUUUGGACUUUUUCCAAAUUUUCCUUCCCGACCUACGGACACACCAUGGGUCUCCUGGGCUACAUAGUCACCAAAGCAACACCCUGUAUUUAAAGGGGUAAUUCCAUAUGUAGUGGACACAACAAUGACUUGACCACAGGUCACAUUACAUGACCACUCCUAACUGUGGAGUAGUGGCAAUCAGGCUCCAGGGAAUGAGGUCCAGGUGAUGCUCAGUGGACUUCUGAUUUAAAACAAAAAUAUUGUUACCCAAGUUUCCUUGUGAUAAUUCAGGCUACAGUCCCAAGUCUUUAUAUAUUUCUGAGUGUUUGCAUAAGAGACCAGCCUGGUGGUAAAUACAAAAUCACACCAUGUAGAAUACCUAGUCAGGAGGCACUUAAGUAAAGUCUUUCUUCACAAAAGGAUGUCUGGUAUUUUUGUUCCAGCCUAUGUCUAAACACGUUCUCCAGUGCAUGCCUCAUUGCAGUGCAUUUGUUUAUCUUGGAUAACAGAACUGCUUAACCAGCAAAUGAAGUUAUGCUUUCCUAAUACAUUGUCUCAGAGUGAUGACUGCUCAUCACUGAGAGUUACCAUAAUGUUGUUUCCAGAGGGCUCCCAUUAAAGCCAGUGGGAGUUCAGAGGGACUUCAGCAGCAACAGAAUCAUACCCAGCACUUGCAUCAGAUAUAAUAUUGAAAGCUCUUCUCCGUUUUACAAGAGGAGAGGAAUAAUUAUCCCAUUAUAAACAAAAUAGGAUUGCCAAAAGAUACCAAAGAAUCCACUUGAACCUGUUUUGUAUUUGUGUUAUUUGGGAUUUUUCUGUUUUUUUCCAUUGUAAUAUUUUUAGAAAGUGACAAAGUGUUUUAAACUUAGCCAUCAUGUCAAUCACUUUUGAGUUUUCAAAAGGGGGAUUCCUUUUAUGGCAAACUUAUAUUAUUAUUUACUUGUUACCUUGUAGAGAGUAUUUUUAAAAUCAUUAAAUAUACAAAGGCUUUUUUUUUAAAAAAAA